AUGGACAAAUUUGUGAUACGAAAAAAGGCACGAACACAAGGCGGCCCUAGUGAAAGUGGACCUAAUUUUUGCAAUGCCACUUCCCAAAAUGAAGAGCAAGUUGAUUUGCAAAAUCUUCCUGUUGAUCCGGGAGAAAGGAAACGAAUUUCAGAUUAUCCAUCUAAGAUACAGAAAGCGGUGAAGCAAAAGUAUAUUGACAUUGGCCCUAUCCAACCUCGUAAGCAUAAUUUUCCCCAGAAAAUGAUUGGAACAAAGUUGCGGAGAUUUAAUCCAGAUUGGUAUGAUGAUUAUAGUAAUUGGUUAGAAUAUAGCAUAAAAAAGGAUGCCUUAUUUUGUUUACCAUGCUACUUGUUCAAACCCGAGGGCAAUAAAGGUGGGGGAGAUGCUUUUGUUGUUAGCGGUUUUUCCUCUUGGAAUAAAAAGGAUAGGUUGGACUUACAUAUUGGAGACCUGGAAAACUCACACAAUAAAGCCGUUGAACAAUAUGAAAAUCUAAAAAAUAUUAAGGCAUCUAUUGAAAUCGCUUUUAAUCCACCUCAAACACCACAAAUGAAAAAUGAUUACAAGACACGUUUGAAAACAUCAGUGAUUUGUGUUAGAUAUUUGUUACGUAUGGGAUUGCCUUUUCGUGGUCAUGAUGAAUCUGAUGAGUCAAAUAAUAGGGAGAAUUUCAUUGAACUUGUCAAAGUUGCAGCUUCUCUGAAUACUGAUAUUGAUAAUGUUGUAUUAAAAAAUGCUCCUGGGAAUCUUCAAAUGCUUGCCCCUAGUAUUCAAAAAGAUAUCGUAAAAGCAUGUGCUGUGGAAUGUGCUGUGGAAACAACAAAAGUUAUUAUUGAAGAACUUGGGGAUGACUUGUUUGGUAUUUUAGUUGAUGAAUCUAGUGAUGUUUCCACUAAAGAACAAUUGGCAGUUGUGUUACGCUUUGUUAAUGAUCGGGGGUUUCUUAUAGAACGGUUUCUUGGGGUUGUCCAUGUUGCCAAUACAUGUUCUAUAUCUCUAAAAUCUGCUGUUGAAUCUUUAUUGUUGGAACAUGGCUUGAGUUUGUCAAGGAUACGUGGACAAGGUUAUGAUGGAGCAAGCAACAUGCGUGGUGAAUUUGGUGGCCUUAAAUCACUAAUUUUGAAAGAAAAUAAAUCGGCUCAUUAUGUCCAUUGUUUUGCUCACCAAUUGCAAUUAACACUUGUAGGAACUGCAAAGAAUCAUGUUGAUGUUAUUUGGUUCUUUGAUGUUGUUUCCGAUAUAAUUAAUGUGAUUGGAUCAUCUUGUAAGCGAAGAGAUGUGCUUCGAGAAAUGUGUGCAAUGAGACUUGCUGAGGCAAUAAAUAAUGGUGAGAUCAAAACUGGAAAAGGGCUAAAUCAAGAACUUGGACUCAAGAGACCAGGUGAUACAAGAUGGGGAUCUCAUUAUAGAUCAUUGUUGAACUUGGUCGAGAUGUAUCCAGAUUUGAUUGAGGUGCUUGAUUUCAUUUACAAUGAUGCUUCGUUUUCAGAUAUUUUGGGAAUCACAAAUGAGUUGUCAUUAGCUUUGCAAAGAGAGGAUCAAGAUAUUGUCAAUGCGAUGCACUUGGUGGAAACAUCAAAGAAACGCCUCCAAUUGUUGAGAGAUGAUGAAUUUGAAGAGUUACUUGAGAAGGUAUAUCAAUAUUGUUAUGGUCAUGAUAUUGAUAUACCUAAAAUGGAUGAUAUUUAUGUGACUCCAGGAAGAUCGAAGCGAAGAGCUCCACAAAUCAGUUUUGCACAUCAUUAUCGUGUCGAGGUGUUCUAUGCUAUUAUUGAUUUGCAGCUUCAAGAGCUAAAUACUCGUUUCAACGAAAUUAAUACAGAGUUGCUUCUCUAUGUUGCUUGCUUGAGUCCGUUGCUUGCUUGA